CCGUCACCAGGGUGGAGGCUUCACUCCAGCCAAUCAGACAGUGGAUGUGAUACGGAGGGCGGAGCAGAGACGCACGCUUUCCUUGCAUAAAUGAAAGAAAAACUGUGCAGCUGCCCGUAUUAACGCCUCUAAACAUUAUAACUUCGCUGUGAGCCGUCAAGAAAGCCAACAUGUCUGACAAGAAGGCAGUGAUAAAGAAUGCUGACAUGUCUGAUGAAAUGCAGCAGGAUGCAGUGGACUGUGCCAUGCAGGCUAUGGAGAAGUACAACAUUGAGAAGGAUAUCGCAGCCUACGUCAAAAAGGAGUUUGACAAGAAGUACAACCCCACAUGGCAUUGCAUUGUUGGGAGAAACUUUGGCAGCUACGUGACGCACGAGACGAAGCAUUUCAUCUACUUCUAUCUGGGCCAGGUGGCCAUUCUACUGUUCAAGUCAGGCUGAAAUCCAAACACGCCCUCCUAAAACUACUUUUAAUUCAGCCCUUAUUACUUCUGUGCCAUGCUGUACAUUUGCUACCACCUUUCUGCAGACAUGCUUACCUUUAUUAUUGUUAUUGUUUGCCACCUACAGCACCACCACCACCGUCGGUGGAUGGCGCUUUAGUCAUGUCUGGACCGCUGAUGUGCUGUUGAUAGAAAAUGCCAAUGUAAAACAACUCCCCGGUGCCAGCUCUCAGUCACCAUUUGCUCAUCUGACAGACAAACCAUGAUUCAUAAUUUCUGGAUAUUACUUUUGCUGUGCAUUGUUGCACGGUCCUUGUACAUUGUUUCAUAUGAGUAUGUUGUAUAAUAACUUAUUUUUCAUGGAAUUAAAAUGAGCAACAAAGUUUUUGUUGAAAUGCCUUUAAUUUUCAGUGUCGACUGAGAUUGAAUAAAAAUGCCAAGACUGUUGCUUACACUUAAUAAAAACAAUUACCUACUAAGAGAUUUAAGGUUUUGUACAUGCUUGAACAUUCCUGUUUCCACUUCAGUUGUGAAGAUUCACAAUGUUACUGUUGUACAUCUCUGGAAUGUAAUUUAAUGUGCAGUUUGGUAUUGUGAUAUUUUCAACAUGUUGAGCACAAAACAACUUUGAGGAAAUUUGAGUAAAUUGGUUCAAAUUGUG